GUUUGUCUAGCACCAGAAGAGGAUUUCUGAUUGGGAAGAGAAGCGAUUCUGUAAGACAGGUAAUUCUGCCCAGCUGGCGAAUUCCUUCUUCUGCACUGGUGACUGGCGGGAUGAUGGAGUGCCGGCUGACAAAGUCAUCCAUCCUCACCAAGCUCACUUUCACGUAACUUCUCUCAACUGCCAGGAGUGCCAGGCCUUCACAAUUUCACCCGUCGCAUCAGUUAACAAAAUGAACAUCCAUUGCCUUCCAGCCGAGCUAGUCGACAACAUAGCUUGUUGCCUUGAAAGCAGAGAUAUCCUCAACCUCCGCCUGGUUUGCGGACACUUCUAUAAAUAUUCCGCCGGGGCUUUUACUACCGCCUUCUUCUCGUCCAUAACCUUUGACUUCUGUCCCGGACCUUUUCAACGCCUUCAGCGCAUCGCUCAAGAUGACCACCUGCGCCUGCAUGUCUUGCAAGUCACCAUUGGAAGAAGCGCAUCCUGCCAUCACUCGGCCUAUCUACCAACAGGAUCCGAACGCUACUGCCAGACACGCAUUCCGGUAGACCAUCCGCUCAAUCUUUCGCCCGGCGUGAACGCCAUCAUUGCCGACCUUGCCAACACGCUGUCCGGAUUUCCCAACCUCGGCCGUCUCUGCAUCAAAGAUGAUAUCUUGCCGAGUCCCGAGCCAUGGACCGUCCCCUUCGACGGCCCUUUUCUCUUAGACACCGUCCAUGUCGGCCUCCUUGCAGUCGCAAGAGCAAAUCUUCCCCUCAAAUCCUUCCGUAUCCUGUGCGCCUUACCCACCUAUCACUGGGUCAGCAACCUUCACCCGUCCGACCUCAGAAGUGCGCCCGGCCCUUUGUGGGAGUCACAUCUAAUCGACCUUGCCCUGGUAUACGACUUCGCGCAUGACGAUUUAAUACGUUUCGUCCCUCCCUUGGCAGGGCUCGUUGUCCACGCUAAAUCCCUUCGCGCCCUUCACCUCCGUUUCUUCCCGUGCAAGCUUUACCGACUUCUCGCGGCUGCAAUUCCCGCUGAGAUUCCCAAUAGGGAAUCGAAACUGGAAAUCCUGGACUUCAAAUCGACCCAGGACAUGGUACCCGACGUCUUGAUUGCCUUUGUCUCGCUUUUUUGUCAUUCUCUUGAGCAUCUAUAUGUCCAGGACAUUAAGCUUGUCAGUUCUGGGAAAGAUUGGGCCACGAUACUUUCACACUGGGCGCAGACAUUGUCUAAACUGAGAUCAUUUGGCUUCCAUCACCUGCGACAGUACGGCGAGAAGCUAACGUUCUUCGAUGGCGUCGUAAGCUGGGACGACCCGCCUGAGGGCAAGAUGGAGUAUACGGUUGUGAAUUAUGGGGUUGCUGGUAGUAAUGGGGUUGCCGGCGUGAAAUAUCAGGGGGGAGCAGAGGGUGCCGGGCGGGUUUUGGCGAGGAUGGUGGCCACUAGCUAUGAUAUACUGUUCUACAUAGAUCCUCAGGUGGGCCAUCAGGUUUCUGACGGAGCCGUGUCCCGGCUGGGAUCUAUUAGGGAUGAGUACCUGAUUGGGGGAAGGCUGACUGCGAAGAGGGUGAGAAGGGAUUUUAAGCCUACACAGUUGUACCUGGGGGAGAAGGACCAGCCCCCGCCUGUGCCGUUCUCUCUAUGGCAUACUGUAUGCCAACAAGCACCAUGAAUGGAGAUACCCGUCGUACUAGGCCCUUCAUAGGGGUUGAAGAUCAGAAAGAUAAACACCUUCCUGGCACACUUACUUAAGCUCUGGGCUGCUGCAAUAACCAUUACUGACUCCCUCCCAACUCG